UGCCAAAUUGCCAAAUGUAAAGCUAUUUGGAAAUUGACUUUAGGUUCACAAUUUUCUCAAAUUUAUGGGUUCACAACUUUGAUCAUUGUAUCCUUGCAUCAAGUUUUAAUGAAAGCGAUGGGCUAAUAUGAACUGUAGCGGCAGGGUCUUUACCAAGCGUGUUGCGCAUAUUUUUGAAGCUUAUAGAUUCACUAAUGGCUGUCGGGUUUGAAAUUUCUUUGGUUUUUUGGUGGUGAAUCUAAGCUCAAUGUUCUUUGAAGCGUUUGAGUAAAACUAAAGAACUUGCAUAGUACCCAUAACAAAUGCAUGUCAUCUUAACUUUCGCUUCAAGUCUUUGAAGUCCUAGCGUCUAUUGGGACUAUUUUAACUUCUGUUCUUGCUAUCCUCUUCAUUCUGAGACAACUCUCUUCUCUAGGAGCGUGAAAGAAAUGGGAAACGAGAAGCAACAAUCAUCAUCAAUUGCCAAAGUUAUCAAUUCCCAUUUACAGUUAAGCCAUGUCUUCCAUUUUCUUUUCUUUGUUUUUGGUUUGUCCUUUGGAAUCACUAUCAGUUCAUAUUUGAAAUGCUUCUUCGAUUCACAUGCUACCAUGUUUUCUCUGACACUACCGCCACCGCCACAAGUACCGCCACCACCACAAGUACUACUGCUACAACCACCACCACCACCACCACCACCACCACCACUAAUAAAACCAUUUCCACCACCAGCAUCGCUACCAACCCUUUUACCCGAUGUGAGGCCACCGCUUGUGCACAAAAUGGAUGAUGACGAGUUGUUUUCUCGAGCAUCAAUGAUACGAGGGAGUCAAAAUUUUGGACGUGAUCAACAUGUCCGUAAAGUUGCUUUUAUGUUCUUGACCAAGGGACCUAUACCUUUGGCUCCUUUGUGGGAGAAGUUCUUUAGAGGCCAUGAAGGGCUUUAUACUAUAUAUGUUCACCAUCACCCCUCUUACAAUGAAUCAGUGCCUGAGGGUUCUGUUUUCCAUGGAAGAAGAAUUCCAAGCAAGCCUGUGGAAUGGGGAAGACCGUCGAUGAUCGACGCAGAGAGGCGUCUACUAGCCAAUGCCCUUCUCGAUGUAUCUAACGAGAGAUUUGUGUUGCUCUCAGAAACAUGCAUCCCUAUAUUCAACUUCACAACAGUAUAUAACUACCUUGUUAAUGCCAAAGAAAGCUUCAUAGGGUCAUAUGAUGAUCCAAGAAAGGUAGGGCGUGGCAGGUACAAUCCGAAAAUGCUCCCUGCAAUCACCAUUUCCGAUUGGCGCAAGGGGUCUCAAUGGUUCGAGGUACAUCGGAAACUCGCCGUUGAAAUCAUAUCCGAUACCAAGUAUUAUCGCAUCUUCAGCGAGUAUUGUAGCCCUCCAUGUUACAUGGAUGAACAUUAUAUUCCAACGUUAGUGAAUAUUCGUUGCCCAGAACAAAAUUCGAAUAGGAGCAUUACUUGGGUUGAUUGGUCCAAGGCAGGUCCGCAUCCUGGAAGGUUUGUGAAGCAAGAUAUUUCUGAUGAGUUCUUGGAUCGCAUAAGGUUUGGUGAAAACUGCACUUAUAAUGGCAAUGCUUCUUCACUGUGUUUUCUGUUUGCUAGGAAGUUCCUACCAGGCACUCUGCAGCCAUUUUUGCAGCUUGCACCUACAUUACUACAUUGAAGAUUACUCUACGAUUAUGGCAUUGAUGAAAAUGAUUUUAACCUUUCUUUUGAGUCAUUUGUCAAGUAGUGACAUUUUUUUUUGUAUAACCGAUUAAUUUGGCACUUGAGAAUGACUACUUACAAUUUACUUGGAUCAGAAUUUUGUUCAAGACCAUGACUUUUUUAUUAUUGUUUUCGACAGAGACUGUGUCUUUUGUAAUAAGAUACAAGGUCACCUUAGUUCCUGCAGGGUGCGAACAAGACUUGAUACUUGACAAAGUAACAUGCAUACUUAAAUAUACCCAUUUCUCUUACAUUCUGAGUAUUUUAACAA